AAACUAAAAAUUUAAAAGUUUAAAAACAUUCAUCAUAAAAAUUAAAAUGUUGAGAAUUAUUGCCUUUGCUUGUUUGAUUGCUGCCGCUGCUGCUGGCUAUUCAUCUGGACAAUCCACGUCGGUUGCAUACUCGUCACCGGUUUCAUAUUCCAAUGUCUACAACUCACAACCGUUGGCUUAUUCAAGACUUGCAGCUCAAAAUGUUGCUGCUGCACCUUUGGCAUACUCAGCUCCUUUAGCUUAUUCACCACAAUUUGCUGCUGCUUCCCCAUAUGCCGCUGCAGCUUAUGCUGCAUCUCCAUUAGCUUACGGUGCUUUGUCACCUUACGCAGCUUCCCCAUUGGCUUAUGCAGCAGGUCCCAUCGCAGCACCUUUAGCAGCAUCUCCCUUGGCCUACUCAGCAUCUCCUUUGGCUUACUCAGCUUACAACCAACAAUUAUUAAGAAAUGGAUUAGUUCGACUCUUUUGAGAACAGACUCAACUAUCUUAUCUAAAUAAAAAAUGACGUUUCACGGCUUAAAUUCUAAAUCCAAAUCGAAAUUAUCACUUCCUGUUUAAUAAAAAAAUUCAUUGUCUCAU